AUGAAUGCAACUCUAUUCACAGGGCCGAGAGGCAAGGAUGAGUACAAGUACGUAGCUCGAUUGGCAGUAGGCACUGAAGUGAGCGCGACCUUUGAUACUUCCACUGACAUCCACAUUGUCUUCGAGCCUUACACUUCAGCCAACACGAACUCCAUACAGGGAGUUAUCCAUUUUCAGACAGGAGAUGGAGGUAGAUUAGAAGAAAUUAUUGUUAUCGUAGUAGUGGUCUGAAUCUGCUGCUGUUGCACUUGCUGCUGAGUUGUAGUGGGGAUUUGUAUUUGGAGAGCAAGGAAGAAGGGAAAGAAUGAUAAGAAGGUAGACAAAGAUAAGCCUAACCCAGAACCAUCUUACGAUAACUCACAAGCCAGAAGACAUGUCCAUAAUGAGACCAGACAUCAGCUGAGAAAAAAGGACAAAAACACAACAUCAACUGUCAAAAAGACUGAGAAGGAUCCUGAAAAAGAAGAAAGUUCCUCCUAUCAUCUUCCCCCGAUUAGGAACAUGUACAACAGGCCAAAUAGAUAUAAUAAGAAAUACUAAGAAAUUACAGAGAGAAAUCAAGUCGCCUCAGAUAUAUGGACCAAGUAUCCUG